AUGUCAAUGACAAUGGAUUCGGAUGAAGAAAACUUAACAAAGCUUUUACAAGCUUUUAGUAAUUGCAAUUAUAUUGAAUUUGUAAAAGUAUUUUCAGUAGUUCAUGGAUUUGAUGCAACAUUGGAAUUUUGUAAAAAUUGUUUUGUUUCAUUACCAUUUAUGGCAUUAAAAAGAAAGUUUGGAAUAUAUGAUGAUGAAAAAGAGGUCCAACCACAACAACAAUUAGAACCUCCUCCCAAAAGGCAAGGAAUAAGAUCAACAUGGGAAGAUGAUUCAAGACAAGAAUAUUGGAAACCAAAAAUUUUAUAUGAUAGUGAUGAUUAUUUCCAAAAAUAUAAAGAAAAUAAUAAUAAUAAUAAUAAUAAUAAUAUUAAUGAUAAUAAUAUUAAUAAUAAUAUUAAUAAAAAUAUUAUAAAUAAUAGUAACAAUAUUAUUAAUAGUAAUAGUAAUAAUAGAAUUAAUACUUUAAGUCAAAUAAAUAAUAAUAUGAAUAGUAAUAUAAAUAAUAUAAAUAAUAUAAAUAAUAUAAAUAAUAAUAUAAAUAGUAUAAAUAGUAUAAAUAGUAAUAAUAAUAAUAAUAAUAAUAAUAAUCAUAAUAAUAUAAAUAUUGUAAAUAGUAAUAAUAGUAUAAUAAAUAAUAAUUUUAAUUUUAAUCAACAACCACCUCAAAGAAGGUCAAGUAAAAAAAGAUUAAAACCGGCUUCUUCUUAUACAACUUGUAUUGAAGAUUUACCAUUUGAAGUUUUAAUUCAUAUAUUUAGUUUUUUAAAAUAUUCAGAUAUUUUAAUAGUAUCAUUAGUUUGUAAAGAAUGGAAUUCGCAUAGUUUAGUUGCAACUACAGAAUUAACAAUUGAAAAUAGAAAAGCAUUAAGUGUUGAUCUUGUAAAUAGAAGAAUUUAUAAACAUAGUAAUUAUCUUAAAAAGAUUAGAUGUUGUCAAUGUAAAUUAUUUAAUUCACAAUCAAUUCGUAUGAUCAUUGAUAAUUGUGUAUCGUUAUGUGAAUUACAACUAUUCAAUUGUCAAUUGAUAAAGGAUGCAGAGAUUGAAUUGGUUUGUAGUAAAUUACCAAAACUAACAAAGAUGGUAAUUCAUUCAGAGAAUUUAACUCACAAAUCCAUUGAAUCUCUAUCGAGGGCACCAAAAUUACAAGAGAUUGAAUUGGGUGGAUUUUCACGUGUACCCAUCGAGGCAUUUGGUAAAUUAUCAGAGAUUCAAACAUUACGUAAAUUGGAUGUAAGUGCACUCUUGGGUAAAAAUGCCAAUCAAUUAACCUUUGAACUUGGUAAAUGUACAAAUCUAACCUCACUCAGAUUAGGUAGCGCCACUGAAUCCUCCUUGGCCAAUUUACCAUUCUUGGGCAACCUAACAUUACUAUCGAUUGGUGAAUGGCGUUUAGAGGAUGUCGAACAUACAACUACCAAUCAAGAGACAAUGUCAACCGUUACAACCAUCUCCUCAAGCUCAAGUGAUGGUGGUUGUCUAAGAUUCUUGGAUCAAUGUAAAAAGAUUGAAAAACUUGAAAUCACCGGAUCUGAGGAUUUCAUACUAAGAGAUUUAUCUUACAUUCACGGCAUUGCCGAUACCUUGAAAGUGUUAGACUUGGAUUUCUCCUAUUGCAAUGAAUUGGAUGGCCCAGCAUUUAAAAAGGUUUUCUCAUCAUUGGUUCGUUUGGAGAGUCUUUUCAUUAGUAAAUUCAAUCUAAGUGGUGAAUGUUGGGAUGCUUUCUCAAAGAUGCCAAACCUCUACGCCCUAAGUAUCUGUUGUGUUAAAAUGAACACCAAUUGGGUUAAUCGUGGUCUUGAACAUUUGGGACAUUGUAGAAAUCUUCAAAAACUUUCAAUCAUAAACUCAACCGAACAUUGGAUUGACAUUAGUGAUAAAUCAUUCUCAAAUCUCUUACAACCACGUGGUGGAACCUCAUUCAACCAUGGAUCUUUCCAAAAGAAUUUACUCGAACUUAGAUUAGGUGGUUCAAGAGGUGGUGGUUGGGUACUUAAUGAAGGUGUUUUCCGUUCAAUUGGCCAAUUGAAAUCUUUACAAUCUUUGGAUCUUUCAAAUUCACGUGGUAUCAGUGAGCAAUGUUUCAUUCAUCUUUCAAAUUGUCCAGAUUUAGAAACAUUAGAAGGUUCAAUUAGAGUUGAAGAAAAUAUUGUUAGAAAUACCAUCGCAGAAUGGUGCGGAACUGGAACUUUAAUAAAUUGUCCUUCCCUUAGAAAAGUUUCAAUCGAUGUAAAAUUACCACAUUUUAUAAACUCUGAAAUUAGAUCACCAAAUAAUUUACCAAUUCAACAACAACAAACUAAAACUAAUAAUGGUUUCAAUUUAAUGGCUAAAAUUUCAAAAGAUCAUAAUAAUAAUUAUUUAAAUUAA